AUGACUCACAGCAACAACGUGUCGUUUGAAUCCACCACCACCACCACCAAACGACGACCCUUACCCGUUUCAUCCUCCUCCUCAUCGACAUCAUCACGCACUACUACUCGUUAUGGCAUGAAUGAAUCCACCGACACUACUAGUCUCGAAGCAUGUAUUGUGAGUAAUCCUGUGGAUCGCCAAAUCCGAUACGCAACCACAGCAGCAGCGAUCAUGUGUCUUUUAUCGAGUAUUGCUAUGGUAAAAGUGGAUCAUCCGGCAGCAUUCGUGUAUACCACAUGGUGGAUAUGGUCUACUUUGGCCUUAUGGAUGGGGUCCUACAAUGACACUACGAUGCAUGAGGGAUGGCUAUCAUGGGCAUUGGGUGUAUCUAUUCUCAUGGCCGUGCACCACCACAUGACAAUGCUUUUUAUCAAUCAUAACAACAACAACCAUCCAUACUUGCUCCAUGCAUCGGCGUUGCUUGUUAUUCCCGGUGCUUGCCUCUUUUGGUUUGCUCGACAGUUACAUGCAGCACAUGACUACCACCAACGCGAACUACUGCGCCGAAUCUACGCGUCAUCUCAUCGACUCAAGAUGUUGGAUGCUGUUGCACAGGAAAUGCAAGGAGUGGCAGGCAUGAUCACUACAACGCUUGAGCAUUUUUCCCCUUCUUCCAUCUUGGCUCGCACCCAUGAAUUACUCAGUGCAUGUACGAUUGCUGUUCCUAUCACAAGCAUUUCCGCUAUUCAUACAGCUAUCAAACAAGUGCACCACGUCAGCCAUAACCUUGAUCUCGUCACGCGUUUACUUACCAGCACACAUCAUCACCAUCAGCAUCAUCAGCAUCAUCAUCAUGAUCCCGAUACCUUUACAACAUCCCACAGUGAGACGCAAGAGGAUACAUUGCUACUACAGCAGCAGGACAAUGUCCAGUUUGAUAUUGGUGGUCUUGUACAAAACGUGGGUGAUGCAUUAGCUGGCAUGGCAGCCAAAUUGGAUGUAUACCUUGUUAUCUAUCAUGCCGACAAUGGACUCCAUUACAGCAAUGUCACAGGCAACGAAGGCAUUAUUCGUCAUACGUUGUUGGAUUUAAUAUCACGAAUUAUGGAAGAGGGAUGUACACCAGGUGCUACAGUGGAAGUGGGAUUGGGAAUGGCAUCUCUCAAUAAUGGCUUGAAGCGUAUCACCUUUGAUAUUGUUCAUACAUGUUCACCUGCCAUCCCUAUCAGCUUGGAAGCCGUGCUUACACCCAAUUCCAAUUUCACAGCCCAAUUGAUGCAGCAUGUGGGUGGCAGCUUGGCCGUGGAAGAAAUGGAUCGUGGACGUACUCUCUUUCGAUUGACCCUUGAUAUGAAACCUGGCGAACGUGAUACGGAUGAACAACAAUUACUUGUCAUUGAUACGUCGUCACAGCAAAUACUACAACAACAAUUGUCAGGGAUCCAGUUUUCCAAUGAGCCAACACGGGAUGAAUUGGCCCAGUUUGUGAAUACACAUUUGAAAGGGAUCAGGAUGGUCUUGCAUGCACCCGAGCAAAGUGUCUUUGCGACUCAUCUUACAAGCUAUCUUGCCAACCUCAAUGUCGACAUCAGUCAUAUUCCUAUCAGCCGAUUCCCUCGUCAAGAAAUGAAAGAUGCAGCAUCAUCACAACAACAAUCGACGACGACAACGACGACUACUUUGAGUGAGCCCACCUUUGUAUUGAUUGACGAUGAUACCUAUACAUUGGAGCAACAAUUACGUGAGUUUCGUUCUCAACCUCCAGUAUCCGACAAGAUGCUACAACAUCAUCAACAAAUGCAACGCCGACAAAAGACGGCAAAUCCUUCAACAAGUGGUGGUGGUGGUGGUGGACCUCAUGGCAACUUUUUCCAUCAUGGCGUACAAGCCAUCAUUUGUUUUGCAUCGCUCAACAAGUACAAACAAAUUCGUGGUGUUGUACAAAGGUUUUCAACGGGGCAGCAGCAUCAUCCUUUUGGUAUGCCGAGAGUCGUUGUGGUGCCCAAACCAGCAGGUCCUUUACGUUUCUUGACAGCGUUACACACAGCAUGGCAUAAUCCAAUGGUAGAACCACAUUAUUUUCCAAUUGCUACCACCCCUUUUACGCCCAUGACGGCACCACCUCCUCCUCAUCCUUUGCAUUCAACACCCUCCAAUACCAGCACACCAGGAGGUCAUCAUCAUCAUCAUCAUCAUGAUAAAAGUGGUGGUGGUGGAAGUGGAAGUGGUAGUGGACAAAAACAUUAUUAUUAUCAUCAUCAUCAUCAUCAUCCACAACCUGCAAUGGCAUCUCCUCUCAGCGACAGUGGUAUUCAUCCUGGAUCAAGUAGCAGUUAUCAUAGCACAGCAAGUCGACGACCAGGAGGAGGUCCCUCUCAACGACAUAGUGGUGGCAGUGGUUAUUAUACCCCACCUGGUGUGAAUUGGCCUGAUAAGCAUUAUUUCACCCAAGAAACGAUCGUGAUGGAUGGCACCACCACCACCACCACCGCCAGUACGAGUAUGGCAAGUUCUCCUCAUCAUGCAACAUCAUCAACGACAACAACAAAGGAAAAACGUUUGCGAUCUUCCAGUGGUACAUUUUUUGCAAGCAAUCGACCGAUGGAAUCAAGAAUGGAUGCCUUGGCUACACCUUAUCGACCUGCGAUGGCGGGCAUGAUGUAUCCAUUUGGUACAGAUGAUGAUGACGAUGACGAUUUACGUGCAAGUGGAACAACAAAUAGCCGAUUCAUGCGCAUGAAUACGGCUGCUGCUGCUGCUGCUAUGGUGGGUCCUGUUGAUGAAGAUGAUGACGACGAUGAUGAUACGGAUGACGAUGAUGAGGACGAUGAAGAUGACGAUGAGGAUAAUCAACCAUCAUCAUCACAACAACAGUCAUCGGAGCAAUCAUUAGCACUCGUUGGACCAUUACAGCGUCAACAACAAGAUGGAAAUGAUACGACAACGGCUAUGGCAAAUACAUCUGUUUCAGUAGCCAAUGCGACCGACAAUGCUUCUACAUCCAGAAAAUCACCCACAGGCACAACGUCAGCGAAUCAGGCAUCUUCCUCUUCAGCUCCAGUAACAGCUCGCAGGAUUAGGCGGAUGGUGAGGAAAAAGAGACGAGACAAGGGCACACCCUUUUCUGGUAUGGCGAGUCCACCCAUUCAUGUGCUGAUUGUGGAAGACAACAAGAUCAAUCAAGUGAUUUUGCAAACUUGGAUGAAGAAACACAACAUCAAGCAUUCAUCUGCCAUGAAUGGACAAGAAGCCGUGGAGAAAUGGAAAGGGGGUGGUUUUCAUCUUGUACUGAUGGAUAUCCAACUUCCUGUUAUGAAUGGACUUGAAGCUACAAAGACGAUUCGUGCAAUUGAAAAGGAACAAAAGAUUGGUGUGUUACCAGCAUCAGCCUCUUUGGCAGACAAUGAUUCAUCUGGCGGUGACAACAACAACAACAAGAUGAUGGCAUCAUCGGACCCACAAACGCCAUUUCGAUCACCGGUCAUUAUUGUUGCCCUGACGGCAAGCUCCUCUGAAUCCGAUCGUCAUGCAGCUUUGGCGGCAGGAUGCAAUGAUUUCCUUACAAAGCCAGUGAGUUUGGAAUGGCUUGAAAAGAAAAUUGUCGAAUGGGGAUGCAUGCAAGCCUUGAUUGAUUUUGAAGGUUGGCGACGUUGGCGACAAUCCACCAACAACAACACGACUACUACUACAACGAAUCAACAAAAAAUGACACCAUCAUCAUCGAUGUCGAGGCGGUCAUCCAGGCAAAGGGAUCAUCAUACUCAGGCCAGAAGGGGUUCAUUAGAGGAGGCCGUGGAGGAGAGUUGUAGCAUAGCAACCAUACAACAACAGCCGACCAGCAGCAGCACGACGAUGGCAACACCAGCUCAAUCAUCCUUGUUCGAAAAUAAUGAACAUGGCGUUUUGCUUCAAGGUGUGGGUGAAUGGUAUCCCCGCAACAACAACAACAAGCAUCAUCAUCAACGUCGUGUCUCCAGUAUGGAUAUUCCCUCCUCAACAGCAUCACCAUCACCAUCAUCCGUAGCAGGGCAAGGAGCCAUACGACGAGGGUCAUCCAUUAUCCAUAGCAACAGACGUUUAGCCUACCGAAUGCCAUCAUUGCCUAUUCGAAGUGGCUCGGACUCUGAUCUUUUUAUCGGCUUGGCGGGUUCUACAGCUCCUGGUCCUCAUUCACUCUCUCCUAAUCCUCGGUCACAACAACAGCCAUCAGUGAUAGGAGAGCAACAACAUUCAGCAUCAUCAGCAUCAUUAUCACAACCACAACCACCCACAGCACAAUCUUCAAUAGUAGGAGAAUCAACGCUAUCCGAGGAGGAGCAGAAUAACAACAACCAUCAACAACAACAAGAACAACAUCCCUUGUCACUCAUUUCUUCUUCUUCCUCUCCUUCUUCUUCAUCCCAAAACAGGUAG